GGCAACAAAAUGACUUUCGUUAACAAGCUGAGCAAAAGCUUCCGCUGGCUGCGCUGCUCGACAUUGUGCGCAAUUUUGUUUUAUAUGUUCUUCAUUGGCCUGAUCCUGCACAGCACCAGCCACAAGCUGCAGCAGCAGCUGAAGGAGCAGGGCAGCAGCAGCAGUAGCAGCAGCAGCAGCAGCAGUAGCAGUAGUAGCAGGAGCACACAGGCAGGCACAAAACUGGCGCCCAACGUGGGGCAUAAUGGCGCCCAACGUUGGCCAAAUUCGCUGCAGGAACUGGAGCAGCAACAAAAACACGAGAAAAAGCUGAGGUCUCAGCCCGUGGCAAACAAUUUGGAUUUGGGCAACGAGCAUCCACAGCAACACGAAGCACAGCCCCAUCCACAUCCGCAAAAAGUGCAAAGUGCGGCUGCCAGCAAUGCCAGCAAAUCCCCUAACCAGCCAGAAACAGUUAUUUUAGCGGCCAGCAAUGUGAAUGAGAAGCAAAUACUGGCAAAAGCUUUCAAACGUGCCGAUCGCAAUCGUGAUGGCAUUCUGUCUAUUCAGGAGAUGGGCCAGUACAUCAAUCGCCGGAUUGUGGAACACAUUGAUGAGGCAAUUAUGAACAAUGCCCGUGAGUUCCGGCGCGUGGACAUCGGACCCGCCGACGGACUGAUCACCUGGGACGAGUACCACCGCUUCUUCCUCAGGGAGCACGGCAUGACGGAGGCGGACAUCGAUGAGCACGACGAGAUCCGUCACACGGCGCUGAAUCGGCGGGCCCGGGAGGACAUGAUGAGGGACAAGGCCCGAUGGUCGGAGGCAGCUCGAACCGAUCUCUUCACCCUGACCAUCGACGAGUAUUUGAGUUUCCGGCAUCCCGAGUCCAGUGUGUCCAAUCUUCUGGAACUGGUCGAUGAUCUGCUGCGCCAGUUCGAUCAGGAUGGCGACGAUCAGCUGACCCUGGAGGAGUUCUCCGAUCUGAAUGUGGACGAUGACGACGACCUGAUGCGCAAAUCUCUGAUUUCCAAGACGCUGGUCGAGCGACGCGAGGAGUUCAAGCGGAUCAUCGACAAAAACCACGAUGGCAAGGCCGAUCGGGGAGAGCUUCUUAACUAUGUGAAUCCGAAGACACCACGCUAUGCCCUCCAGGAGGCGGCCACUUUGUUCAGUCUGUGCGACGAGGACAAGAACGAGUUGCUGACCCUCAAGGAGAUGACUGACCAUGCUGAGAUAUUUCUGCAAUCCAAGAUGAUCGACACGGCAAACAGUUUUCACACAGAAUUCUAGUUUUACUCUUCACCAUCACUACCCUUUCCCCUUUGAGCAUUUAUAGUGAUAUUAAUUUGUAAGUUCUGGCACCUAAAAGAGCUAAUUUAGUAGCAAAGCGUGUUUUUGUUAAUACUUUUUAUGAUGAACCACUAAGAUCAGAUGUAAAGCAUGAACAAUGAAAAUCAUUUCCUGUGUGAUUUUUCAAUAAUUAACUUUUAAGAAUGCGAAGCAAACAAUAUUUGACACAAAUACUCCAAAUAAAUAUACGUAAUUGUACGAAAACCGAAGUGUUCGUUUUCC